UUGUGAUGUGUGUGCAUUAUUGUUGUUGUGACAUGAUGCAGGUGAUGAUGCAGAUGCAUGUUUAUUGGGUAUAUCAUGCAGUGUAGGUGCAAUAUUGGUGUUAAAAUUUGAUUAGAUAUCAGGUUGAAUUUAAAACUGGGGAUGAAGAACACAUGUGAGAGAAUCUAUACGUAGCGACGCGCAUGGCGUUGCUAUAGCCAAAACUAUAGAGAGACAAAUAGGGAGGAACCACGAGAAACGUUAUCCAUGGCAAAUGCACACGCAUUAGAGGAAGAGGAAGAAGAAGGAGAGGGACACGAAGCGGUGGAGGAAAUCCAACGCGUCAUUGAAUCGGUUGCGCAAUUCGGACAGUAUAGAAAGACACAGAGAAAAGAAUGCCACAAUUUGGUGCGGCGGUUCAAACUCAUGUUGCCUAUCGUAGAAGAGCUACGGGAUAUUCCGGAGCCCUUCCACGAAAACGGCAUCGUUUGGUUGAAGAAACUUAGGGAUGCACUCUUGUUUGCCAAGGAACUCUUGAGGUUAUGUAGCCAAGGAAGCAAAAUUCUCCUUGCAAUGGAGACGGAGGCAUAUAUGAUAAAAUUUCAAGGUGUUUAUGAGAAAUUGAGUCAAGCAUUUGAAGAUGUGCCUUGUGAGGAAUUAGGAAUCUCAGAUGAAGUCAGAGAACAGAUUGAGCUGAUGCACACUCAGCUGAAGCGGGCGAGGAGGAGGACGGAUACGCAGGACAUGGAGCUUGCAAUGGAUAUGAUGGUGGUGUUAUCCGGCGAUGAGCAACGGAGCGCCGACAGUGCCAUCAUUGAGAGGCUAGCAAAGAAAUUAGAGCUUCAAAGGGUUGAGGAUCUUAAGAUAGAAACCUUGGCGAUCAAGCAACUGGCUGAUGAAAGAAAAGGGCAACAAGUAGAUAGCACCAAGAAAAUAAUUGGCCUCCUUAACAAGUUAAAGAGAAUUGCAGGCAUGGAAGAAACAAGUGUUCUUGAUGAUCCUGUCCUGCCUAGGGUGCUUGUGAAGAGCAUAUCUUUGGUUAUUCCUCAUGAGUUUCUUUGUCCUAUAACCCUUGAAAUCAUGACAGAUCCUGUUAUUAUUGCAAGUGGACAGACAUAUGAAAGGGAAAGCAUAGUGAAAUGGUUUGAAUCCAAACAUAAUACCUGCCCAAAGACAAGGCAAACCCUUGAUCACUUGCAAUUAGCACCAAAUUGUGCCUUAAAGAGCAUAAUUGAAGAAUGGUGUGAAAAAAACCACUUCAAACUACCAAAGAAGUUCAAAUCUUCAAGCCAAAACAAUGGUCCAAUUAUCAACAUACAAGAAAUCCCACCUUUGGUUGAAAGCCUAUCAUCAAUUCAUUUAGAAGAACAGAGAAGAGCCGUCGAGAAGAUUCGAAUGCUGUCGAAAGAAAGCCCCGAGAAUCGGAUCUUGGUUGCUGAGCAUGGAGGAAUACCACCAUUGAUACAAAUCUUAUCUUAUCCGGAUUCAAAGAUUCAAGAACAUGCUGUGACAGCAUUGUUGAAUCUUUCAAUUGAUGAGAAGAACAAGAGGCUAAUAUCAAAAGAAGGUGCUAUUCCAGCAAUCAUAGAAGUUUUGGAGAAUGGUAGCAUUGUUGCUAAGGAGAAUUCAGCAGCAUGUUUGUUUAGUCUCUCAAUGCUUGAUGAGAACAAAGAACUUGUGGGAUUGUCAAAUGGGAUUCCACCAUUGGUGAAACUUUUGAGGAAUGGAACAGUUAGAGGGAAAAAAGAUGCUAUUACAGCACUCUUUAAUUUGUCCCUUAACCAUGCAAAUAAAAGCCGGGCGAUUAGUGCUGGUAUUGUCGCACCUUUGCUUCAGUUGCUUAAGGACACAAAAACGAACAUGAUUGACGAGGCUCUGUCCAUUCUGUUACUGCUCUCCUCGAUUUCUGAGGGGAGACAGGAGAUUGGACAGCUGUCAUUUAUCGAGACACUUGUUGAGUUCAUUAAGGAUGGGACCCCCAAGAACAAGGAGUGUGCUGCUUCUGUGCUCCUGGAGUUGUGUACAAAUAACUACUCUUAUAUACUUGCAGCACUUCAGUAUGGAGUUUAUGAGCAUUUGAUUCAGAUCAAAGGGAGUGGAACAAAUAGAGCACAGAGGAAAGCAAAUGCUCUCUUAGAUCUUAUAAGUAGGAGUGAGCAAAUUUAG